AUGUGUUCCCGUAUCCAUGACGACCACUGUCCACAGAAGGAGGAGUUAGAACACUUAUUUCUGACAUCACGGAUGUGUUCCCGUAUCCAUGACGACCACUGUCGUUCUCAGUACUGUAGCCGCUCUGCUUCCCAGCAGUGGACUGGAGAUUCCCAGCUCAGCUCCAGUCCCAGGUCCGUCUGCUGGUUCUGGUUAGGAGUGUUGGUUGUCAACCUGAGUCCUAGCUGCUCUGCUGUCGUCCUGGACUCUGUCUAUUGGAAUUCUUCAAAUCCCAAGUUCUCUCCUGGACAGGGGCUGGUCCUGUUCCCUCAGAUAGGGGAUAAAAUGGACAUUGUGUGUCCCCGGGUGAGGCCAGGGGUGGUGGAGAACAAGGAGCCGGAGUACUACCGCGUGUACCUGGUGACCCGGGAACAACUCCACAGCUGCAGCAUCAGCCAAUCGGACACUCCGUUACUCAACUGUGACAAGCCGGACAGAGACGUGAAGUUCACCUUCAAGUUCCAGGAGUUCAGCCCUAAUCUCUGGGGCCUGGAGUUUUUCAAGGGAAGGCAAUACUAUAUCACCU